AUGGGCGAUGCAAAAAUUACAACACAUCAUGAGGUCUACAACACCUCAGAAACAGCCUCUGACGCAGACGCUCGCGAGCUCGCCCUCAUAGGCAAGAAAGCUAUCCUACGUCGAAAUUUCUCCCCCCUCGCCAUCCUCGGCGUCGCCUGCGCCUCGACAGUGACCUGGGAAGCCAUGUUCAGUCUCUUCAUCUUCGGGCUUUUGAACGGCGGACCCGCGGAUCUACUCUACGGCUUCCUGUUCUGCUGGCUGGGCUGGGCAGCUGUCGUCGCCACCAUGGCGGAGUUGGUGAACUAUGUGCCUGAGCGCUGGCACGGAACGAUGAUGGUGUUUGCGCUGAUCCUCGUGGCGCUGCUUUUCAACACGUUCCUCUUCAAGUUCUUGCCGCAAGUCGAGACUGUGGUUCUUUUCUUCCACAUUACGCUGUUCGUCGUGUUCAUAAUUGUCAUUACAGUCCGGUCGCCGACGAAAAGCAGCAAUGACGAAGUCUGGACGCUUUUCUUGAACAAAGGAGGCUACGAGAGUAAAGGGUUGAGUUUUUUCGUCGGGCUUAUCACGCCGCUGUUUGCGUUUUGCGGCGCGGACAGCGCCGUGCAUAUGAGCGAGGAGAUUCGCGGUGCUUCGCGCGUGGUGCCUUGGGCAAUGAUGAGUAUGUUCAUACCCAAUUCAUCGGACGACCAUACUGAUCUCAACGCAGUGUCCAUCUUGAUCAAUGGCCUGACUGGCUUCUGCAUGCUGAUCGCCAUUCUCUAUUGCAUGGGCGACAUCGACGCGGCUCUCGCUUCACCGACAGGUUAUCCCUUCAUCGAGAUCCUCACCCAAGUGGUCAGUUCUAUCUCUGGAGGCACCGCUCUAUCCGCUCUUUUGGUGGUCAUGUUUUGCUUCGCGAACCUCACUCUCGUCGCCAGUACGUCCCGCCAACUCUGGGCAUUUGCUCGAGACCGCGCAGUUCCGCAUUCUCGUGCCGUCGGAUACGUCGAUAAGAGGAUGAAGGUACCGAUCACCAGUCUUGCCAUCACGUGUAUCGUAACUUGUUUACUGAGCCUGAUCAACAUUGGGUCCGCAGCAGUGCUAAAUGGAGUCCUCUCGCUGGCUGUCGCAGGGUUCUUCGGCUCAUAUCUUAUUCCUUUCACUUUGUUUUUUUACAAGCGAAUAAAGUAUCCAGAAGAGGUUCUGCGAACGAAAUCCUACGAAUAA